AUGGGAAAGUGCGGACCUUCUAAAUUGGACUUGCCUUUGGUGGAAGAGGACUCUAUCGGUGGCUUCACGUUCCAUCAAUUCAGCAUCGCUCUGGCCGCUGCUUUCACCAUUGCCGCUGGCCUAUUGUCCUUUUACCUCAUAUUUCGGCACAUCACCAAUUACAACAGGCCACUGGAACAGAAGCAAAAUGUCCGCAUCAUCUUCAUGGUCCCAGUCUACGGCUUGACCUCCUGCCUUGCCAUUAAAUACUACGAACAUCACGUCUACCUGGAGGCGGUACACCAGCUGUAUGAGGCACUCGUGCUUGCAUCCUUCUUCGUCCUUUUGUGCCGUUACAUGGCCCCAACAACACAGGAGUUGGAGGAACGUUUCAAGGAGAUUGAGCCACGCAGCUGGAUUCUACCAAUCAAAUGGUUGAACAUGUGCACCGGUGGCAAGGGAAGAGGCCCUUUCCGGACUCCCAGGAGUGGCGUUACCUAUAUUCAUGUCAUCACGAUCGGCGUAUUCCAGUAUUCAGUAGUGAAGCUCUGCACUACACUCAUCACGUUUAUAACCGAGGCCACCGACACAUACUGCGCCGAAUCAAAGAGCACCAGCCACGCGGCCAUCUGGGUCAAAGCCAUACAAAUAAUUUCUUUGAUUAUCGCCAUGGUCUUCCUGAUGCAAUUCUACCUCCAAUUCAAGGAGUCGCUCCGACACCACAAUCCAUUCUUGAAGUUCCUGGCAAUCAAAUUCGUCGUCUUCCUAAGCUACGUGCAGACAUUCAUACUCAACCAGCUCACUACGGGUGACUCCCCUACAAUGAAACCCUCGAGCAAAAUUUCCUAUCAAUCUCUGGAUAUCGGCAUACCGAACAUGGUCCUGUGCAUCGAGAUGGCCAUCGCGGCCAUCAUACAUCUCUGGGCAUACCCAUGGCGUGGGUACAGAGAUGCCGGCAUUGAGAACCCGAUGCAGGUGUUGUCAGAAUCCGCGACUGAGCUGACGGAUCGUGAGGGUGGCUCGGCAGACGAGAUCGAUAGCUCACCAAAGAGCUUCGUGGCCAAGCCUACUUCGUUGGGAUCAGCUUUGAGGAUCUUCGCUGACGCAAUGAAUUUCUGGGAUAUCAUGAAGGAAGUCGCUUACAGCGUCCACUGGCUAUUCGUGCAGAAGAAGCGCCAGCCACACCCCUUUUAG